CGGUCCUCCGGGGCGCGGGGUCGUGGCCGCGCUCGCCCCCUACAGAGACCACCACACACCACCACCAUACUCCAUACUCCAGUCCACACUCCACACUGCCUGUGCUCUUCUUCGAGAUGGCGGCUGGAAUGUAUUUGGAGCACUAUCUGGACAGCAUAGAGAAUCUCCCCUUUGAGCUGCAGAGGAAUUUUCAGCUAAUGCGAGAUCUGGACCAGAGAACUGAGGAUCUGAAAGGGCAGAUUGAUUCCCUGGCUCGGGAGUAUACAGCUAACGCCCGCACACUCUCCUCAGAUCAGAAGCUUUCUCUGCUCAGGCAGAUCCAGCAGUCCUAUGGGAAGUGCAAAGAGUUUGGAGAUGACAAGGUGCAGCUGGCCAUGCAGACCUAUGAGAUGGUGGACAAACACAUCAGGAGGCUGGACACAGACCUGGCUCGCUUUGAAGCAGAUCUUAAGGAGAAACAGAUAGAAAGCACAGACUAUGACUCUACCUCCAGCAAGGGAAACAAAAGUGAUUUACGGGGGCCUAAAGAGAAAAAGGUAUCUCGCACCAGGUCCAAGGUCAAGAACUCAGACGAUGACUGCAGUCCUAAGAGUAGUCAAAAGAAAGUCAAACUGAUGCAAACGACUGAGUUCUCCGCACCAGCUGUUAACUUUGGGAACGUUCACCCCUCAGACGUGUUGGACAUGCCAGUGGACCCGAAUGAACCAACUUACUGCCUGUGCCACCAGGUCUCAUAUGGAGAGAUGAUCGGUUGUGACAACACUGAUUGCUCCAUCGAGUGGUUCCACUUUGCCUGUGUGGGGCUGACCACCAAGCCCAGGGGAAAAUGGUACUGCCCAAGAUGUUCACAAGAGCGCAAGAAAAAAUGAACAUUCUCAGCAGAAAAUCAAAAAAAGAAAACAUGCAUUCACAGACAGAGAGGGAGGUAGAGAGAAAAGGAUAAGGCACAGUGUGUUUAAAUUCCCCCACCCCCAAAAAACCCUGCCCUUUAUAGACACUAAUAUAGACGCUCUCUGCUUAAUCUGGUGCUUGUCCUCUUGUCCUCUAUCCUCGCUUUCUUCUCUCUGUUGGACAGAAGAAAGGGUUUGAUGGAUGGAUGAAGGAACUGUUACAACUGUAGCUUAAUUUAUGGUUUCAGUAAUGAGUUACUUGUUAUUGUGAUUAUUUUGCUCUUUUUUAUAUAUGUAUAUUAUUUUCUUUUGUGAUGGUUAUUGUAUUGUUUGAUUGCCUUUUUAUAUGUGAUUAUCAUGUACAGAUACAUGAACUCAGCAGUAGAUAAAUCAGGGAGCACACUCAGUCCUUAAGCAAGGACAUCCACUACCAGUCCCGCAUUACUGUUCUUUUCCAGAAGAUUUUUUUUUUUUUUUUAAGUCAAACACUGGCACACAGUGCCCCCAUCUAAAGUUAGCUCGGAGAUAUUUCCAAUGGACACAUUCUUAACUGAACUUUUAACAUCAUUUUGUUCAUUUUCCGAAGUUCAUGCAUUAUCGGUUUAUCCAUUCUCCACCCUGACGUUUAGCAGAAAAUCCCAUUCAGCCUUUUUUCACAGUGAAAAUUAUUAACUUGCUUCAGGUUUAAAACUUUUUAUGCAGACUAUUAGCUUACUAAAGUACUUAGACUGUUGCAAACCUGCUCAAUGCUGCAAGCAGAUAGCAUGCCUUCAAAAAAACAGACAAAUCUGUUUCUUCUCCGAGUUCUUUAGGGCAUAUCAGCUCUCAUAUAAUCAGUCUAAGCAAAUCAGCUACAGAGACCACAACACAGUAAAGCUCAUUGCUGUUAGAUUUUAUUUUUGUUCAUUUGCUUAACAAAGAUUAAGUUUCUGUGUUAUGAAGUGGAAAAACUGAAAUCAAGAAAUGACAAGAAAAGAUGUAUACAGCUCUGGAAAAAAUAAGAGACCACUUCAGUUUCUCUGAUUUUGCUAUUUGUAGAUAUAUGUUUAAAUUAAAUGAACAUUGUUGUUUUGUUUUUUAUAAACAAUGGACAACAUUUCUUCCAAAUUCCAAUAAAAGAUUGUCAUUUAGAGCAUUUAUUUGAGAAAUGGCUGAAAUAACAAAAAAAGAUGCAGAGCUUUCAGACCUUAAAUAAUGCAAAGAAAAUAAGUUCAUAUUUUUUAUUUUUAGUUUUCAGAGUUCAAAAAUCAAUAUUUGGUCAAAUAACCCUGUUUUUCACAGUUUUCUUGUAUCUUGGCAUAUUCUCCUCCACCAGUCUUUCACACUGCUCUUGGGUAAGUUUAUGCCACUCCUGGUGCAAAAAUUCAAGCUGUUCAGCUUGAUUUGAUGGCUUAUGAUCAUCCACCUUCCUCUUGAUUUAUAUUCCAGAGGUUUUCAAUUUGGUAGAACUAAAGACACUCAUCAUUUUAAAGUGGUCUCUUAUUUAUUUCCAGAGCUGGAAGUAGUAGCAGCAGCAGUAGUGGUAGUAUCAGCAGAAACAGCAGCAGAUGUGCUUACAAAGACCAUGAUAAGAGUAACACUUCCUGAGUGAGAGGAAAAGCUUCAUGGCCAAUUAGACUGCUAAAUUUCAGUUAACUGCAACACUGUUCACCUCUGCGUUAUCUGCAUUGUAAUCUCAACAUUAUGUAGCAAUUUGGGCUUAUAACUGAAUCCGUUUAUGCAAGUAUCCUUGGGAUUUAAUCAUGCAGCCAUAGCCUAUCAUCACAUUGGUUUUUAUAAAGAAAAGUAUUAUUUGCCCAAGUUGCUACAGUUUCAAUGAAAAUGUGGCCUGUAUUGUAUAUAUUUUAUAUUUCAUUAGUUUAAAAGCUAAUGUUGGUUUUGUUCCACAAAAGAAAAACCUGUUCUGGUCUAUCCUGUCUGAUAAACUGGGCAAUUAGGUAAAAAAGCUAUAGCAUGAUAAUGAAAUACAUUUUCACAAUGCACCAUAUUUAUCAUGUUUCGACAUGCAGAGAGAAUGAUAGCAGUUAUUAAUAUGACAGCAAUUGUUUUUCAGUUGCACAUUAUCCAUUUUAAAAGCACUAAUUACACUGUAAUUACACAUCUGUAAUGAAAUAUACAGUUGGGUCAGUGUUCUUUAAGAACAGAUGAAAUAUGCCUAAAAAGCAUUUAAGAAAACUUUUCAUGAUACGAAAACAAAAAUCAACUUAUUGCCCACCUCAACCUGUCAGUGUGUCAUCAUCUACUCAUUAAACGAAUGCCCUCUAAAUGUGAUGAAAGCCAAUAGUGUAUGAAGCUUUCUAAUUUUCUAACAAAAAUCACAUUUGGUGGGUGGAGCAUGGAUAAAUCCAUUUUACUAAAUACUGUGUAGUUAAUAUCUCAUCCACUUCAGCAUGGUUUUCUCCACCAGGUACGUUUUGAUGAUGCAUAUGGGGAAAAUCUUAAAUCGUAAAUCUACAACUUAAGUGUUGCAAGUUAAGAUAAAAAGGGGCUCCUUCAGUGAACUUUUCUCUUUCUCAAGUCUCUUAAGACCACAUUUCAGGUUCAUUCCACAACUGGCUGCUGUGACAAACUUCUUCUCUGGUGCUUAAAUACUUCACUACUCAACGAUCUGAACCAGUUUCCUCUGGACUCUUAACAAAUAAUAGCAUUAACAUGGGAGGUGCUGGGUGAAGCACUGCCUCCUUUGUGUGUUCAUCCCGCUGUAUUGUAAGCUAUGAACAAAAACGGCUUGGUGAAUAUUGCUGUGAUUGGCCUGCAAUAUGGAUUCUGUUUUUGUAUUCAGUUUGACUGGAAUUUGGUGCUCUUGAGACUCUUGAAGUGAUCUGUUUGAUUUGGUUAACAGGUUUUGACGGUUACUCAUGCUGAACCCUCCAUCAUACGGCUGGUGUUAGAAUCAGAGUUAUAAUUGCAGCGUUGUAUUUGCGGUUCAGGUGCUGAUGGCUCUGCGUUUAUACAUAAAUGCAUCACUUUGUAUGUCUGACGUAAGUAUUCUCUUUCGAGCUGCUCUACUAUAGCCAAGUGUUCUUUGUUUUAACAGCAUUAUGACUGAUAUCAGCCAUGUGGUGGAGUUCUCAUGAAGCCUUAGUUAUGUUACUUUGUGAUUUGGUUGUUACAAUUGUUCUAGCAAGUACUGUAUUUUACUGUCAAACUGGGUUUUGUCUUCCAUGUUCCCUGAACAAUGCCUGGUGUCUAAAUCAA